AUGACUUUAAGUACUCAUUCUGUUGGGGAGAAGGAAUCCCCUAUAACUCCAUCCCCAGGUCUCGAGAAUGGCCCAGACGCUAGCCCAAACGCUGAGCAAGAAUAUACCAGCGGCAAAAAAUUGGCUUCUCAGCCAAUAGCUGAUGAUGACGCCAAAUCUGAUUCUCCCCAAGAUCAGGCGGUAACGAAGGAGGAAGGAGCUCCAGAAGUCGACAAGAUGGGCAAUCCUGCACCCAAAUACCCACAUGGUCCUAAGCAAGUCUUCUUCUCAUGGGUCGCUAUCCUCUUCGCGGUAUUCCUGGUCAGCUUGGACAAGACAAUCGUCUCAACAGCCAUCCCAGCAAUCACAAAUGACUUCCACAGCUUGGACGAUAUCGGAUGGUACGGUAGCGCCUUCUUCUUCACCGGCGCUUGCUGUCAGCUGCUCAUCGGCAAGUUGUACACCUUCUGCACUCCGAAGUACACAUUCCUCGCCAACAUCUUCGUGUUCGAAGUCGGCUCCGUAUUGUGCGCUGCUGCACCGAACUCAACUGCCUUCAUAAUCGGAAGAGCCAUUGCAGGUUUUGCGGCGGCUGGCGUCCAGGUUGGCAAUGUUAUCAUUCUCACUUCCAUCGUCCCUCUAAAGGACCGCCCAAAGUACAUGGGAUUCCUUGGCUUGGUUAUGGGUGUGUCUGGUGUCAUUGGACCUUUGCUUGGAGGAGCCUUCACCUCAAAUGUAUCUUGGCGCUGGUGCUUCUACAUCAACCUCCCAAUUGGCGGCUUCGCGCUGUUAGUCAUCUUCUUAACUCUUCAGCCUUUCCCUCCAGUCAAGCCAGACAUGCCGAUCGUCGAACGACUGAAGAAUCUUGAUCUCCUAGGAGAAUUUCUCGUUAUCCCAAGUAUUUUCUCUCUCCUCCUUGCUCUGCAAUGGGGCGGCACGAUGUACGCUUGGAAUAAUGGACGCAUUAUUGCACUCUUCACAGGUUUUGGUGUGUGUGCGAUUGGGUUCGUCGCCGUUGAGGUGCUCAGGCAGAAGACUGCAACAAUCUCCGCUAGAAUCAUUAAGAACCGUAGCAUUAUCGCUGGCAUGCUGUUCCAAUUCUGCCAGACUUCGGCCAUGAUGCUCAUGCUCUACUACAUCCCAGAGUGGCUUCAAGCGAUUAAGGGAGAUUCGGCAGUGGUAUCUGGAAUCCACACGAUCCCUCUUGUACUCUCUCUGAUCAUCGCCAGCAUUUUGACGGGCCAGCUGACCUCCAAGAUCGGCUACUACACUCCGUUUGGCAUCGCCUCCGCCGUCAUGAUGUCUAUUGGCUCAGGACUCAUCAGCACUUGGUCCGUGGAUACGAGUUCUAGGAAAUGGAUUGGGUACCAGAUCGUCCUUGGCUUCGGCAUUGGGAUGGGUAUGCAGGUAGCCACACUGGCCGCGCAAACAGUUCUUGACAGGAAGGAUGUUCCUAUUGGCAUGACACUUAUGUUCUUCAUGCAGCAAUUGGGUGGCGCAAUCUUUGUGUCUGUCGGACUCAACGUUCUGGAGAUCCAACUCAUUAAGAGACUUUCUGGAGUCUACGAGCUUAACGUUGUGAGUAUGGGUGCCACUGAGUUCCGAAAGACCGUGCCACCGGAGAUCCUUAACAGUGUGUUGGCCGCAUACAAUGCAGCGUUGAGAGAAGUCUUCAUCGUCGGCAUAUGCCUGUCAUGCAUCUCCCUCCUUGGAGCUGUGCUGAUUGAGUUCAAAUCCGUUAAAGGCAGAAUGGCUCUCACAGGCGGCCGAGGCGGUCCGGGUGGCCCAGGAAGAAAUCCUGAGGCUAGAGAGAAAUCCAAAGGAAGCGGCAAGCUAGACAAGAAGGUCUGA